GUAUUGCUCCGCGUUUGGGAUGUGCACGAAGCUCAUUGCUACACUAAUAUUUCGCAAGAAUCGGUGGAAGCUCAGACGGCCGUCAACACAUGUCGAUGUUUUUCUAUAGUUACAGUUGCAUCGGUAGCGGAGAGAACGCAUAUCGUCCAACGCUCUUUACAAUGCUCCGUCAAUUUGUAAGAGUGGAGCUGCAAAGCCGAAGCGUCACCACGACCCUCUCCACUUACGCUAGAAGGGCAAUCUACCGAGGUCAUGUUGAUGAGGCUCAACCAACCAGUUCCCUCUUUUUCUGGCGAGUCUCCGUUGCGAUUGGCCUUGGAUUACAAAUGCAGCAAUAUCUCCCAAUCAGAGAGAUGGAUAGCCCUUGGAACCUAUACACAGUACAACGUGGGAGUUUUGCGACAUCCUUAGCGCAGAUGUCCCUCCAAAACUACCUAGGUUACGGCACGAGAUUUAGGGCCGGCAAGAUCGGCAGAAUGGCUACACACCGAUAUGAAUGCGGAACAGCGCCGUCCUCAGAGAUGUGUGGAAGGAAGGCUGUUCCUCUUUUUCCGUUCUCUUUCUGCUCUGCUGCCUUCUCUUUUUUCCUCUCUACUCCUUUUCCCAUCUCGCCUCGCCGCGCUAAAUAAGCGCAUAGCCAAGAACCCGAGGAUACUCGCGCGUUAGCAUCUAUGCGCGAACAAGAAGAGAAGGAUGUGGGUGUGGCGCCAUCAUCCACAGGGAAAUCCGCGCUGGAGAGCGAGGACAUCGAGCGCCAAUCCCUCUGCUCAGUGUCAACCGCCUCGCCCUCGUCGUUGGACGACGCAGUAGAGUCCAUCAACCAAACACUCAGUCGCAAUGCUGGCCUCGUCGAAGAAGAGGCGGAUAAAGCGCUGUCCCACACCGCUACUAAUAUGACUUCCGACCCGCGAUUCGAGGUUGACUUUGAUGAAGGAGGGGAGAAUCCCA